UCUGGGUCUAUUUGUCUUUUCCUUUUGUCUUCUGAAUGUUUAACCACAGGAGAAUGUCUCAGGAACCUAGGACAUACUCCCUUUUCCUGUUCCUUUUUCUGAGCCAUGCAGUGGUAUGUCGGAGAGUUCCAAAUUCCAGGCAGGAUUUGCAUCCAUUGUUGCAAAAAAUGGCAGAAGAAAUAAUAGAGGGAAGCUAUCUGAAUGCGUUACUGGAUCUCAUACAGUUUCAAAGCUCCCACGUGUGGACGGCUGACCUGCCUCACAGAGUCCUGGCCUAUCUGAAUUCGCGGAAUGUCGCCUUCACCAUCGCCAGCCUGCAGGCAGCCAUGGAAAAUCACCUGGAGCAGCGUUUGUACCAGCCCCAGAAGCUACUGGAAGACCUGAGGGAAACAGAUGCUCAGCGUUUCCGCACUGCUAUGAAAUGCCUCUUAGAAGACAAGAAGGACCACUUGGAGCUGGAGGACGUCGUCAUUGACUUGAGAGAAAUUCGGGAACGAGCUUUGCAGAGCCCUGGUGUGAUCCGCAGCCUGUUUCUCAUCACGCUGGAGAGGUGUUUCCAGGUGCUGAAUGCCCUGGAGUGUGUGGAGAUCCUGGGCAGGGUGCUGAGACGGUCCUCAGGCAGCUUUAUCCAGCCGGACAUCACACAGAGGCUCCCCCAGGACCUUCAUGAGGAUGCCUUUAAGAACCUAUCUGCGGUGUUCAAAGAGCUCUAUGACCAAACCUCGGCUCAUUCCCAGCGAGCUCUCUACUCUUGGAUGACUGGGGUUUUGCAGACAUCCUCCAAGGCCACCGGUGACUCUGUUUCCUGGGUCAGUGCAGAAAGCUUAUGGAUUUUGGGCAGAUACAUGGUUCACCUUUCGUUCGAAGAAAUUUCGAAAAUUAGUCCUAUAGAAAUUGGGCUGUUUAUCAGCUACGACAAUGCCACCAAGCAGUUGGACACAGUUUAUGACAUCACCCCCGAGCUGGCCCACGCAUUUCUGGAAAGAAUCAGCUCCUCCAAUUUUGACAUGAGGAACACCUCUACCAUCCACAGGUUGGGGCUGCUGGUUUGUUUCUACGAUGACCUGGAGUUUCUGGAUGCUGCUGUGGCCCAAGUCCUCCUUCACCAGAUGAUCAAGUGCAGCCACCUGAGGGGCUUCCAGGCCAGCAUUCAGAAGCUCAAAGCCAACCUCCUGGACAUUGCCACUGAGAACCAGACCCUCAAUGAGACGCUGGGCUGUUUGUCAGAUGCGGUUGUGGGGUUGACCUACAGUCAGCUGGAAUCCCUCUCUCCUGAGGCUGUGCACAACGCCAUCUCCACCCUCAACCAGGUCUCAGGCUGGGCCAAGAGCCAGGUUAUCAUCUUGUCUGCGAAGUACUUGGCCCAUGAGAAGAUGCUAUCCUUCUACAACGUCAGCCAGAUGGGUGUGCUACUGGCUGGGGUCGGCACCCAGGCCUUGUACAGCAUGGACCGCAAGGACCUCGUGCAGGUCCUGAGAAGUACCGUCUCCCAGCACCUGCCCGAUCUGUCGCCUGCCCAGCAGCAGGGAGUCCUUAGCAAGCUGACCGAAGCAGGAGACACUGCCUCAGCCCUUGUAGAUAUACAAGGGGUUUUCUUUAAGGGUGUGUCUCUCUUCGAUUUGUGGAGGGAACCUGUAUUCAACUCUACAGUCCUAAAGGAGAAGGAGCUUCGGAGGAGUCAGGCCUUGUUCCUGUAUGAGCUUCUGUCAAAGACCACCAGAAAGCCCGAUGAGCUCCUGAGAACAGGUCAGCUGGUCAAAGGUGUGAGGUGCUCCCACAUUGAGGCCAUGAGCGCGGACUCCUUCCUAGUCCAUUUCCGGUAUUUUGAGAACAAUCUCUCACUGCUAUCGCCGUAUCAGGUUAAUUGCUUGGCGUGGAAAUACUGGAAAGUUUCCAGGUCCUCUAUGCCGCCUUUUCUUUUGGCCACACUCCCGGCCCGCUACCUGGCUUCAGUCCCAGCUUCCCAGUGUGUGCCUUUUCUGAUCAGCCUGGGCAAGAGUCAAUUGGACUUGUUGGUUUUAGAUUCUCACAAAAAGAAUUUGGUCCUCGGGAAAGUGCAGCAGUGCCUGGACGACUCCAUUGCCGACGAGUUCGCCGUGGACAUGUUGGGGAACCUGCUGUGCCACUUGCCGGCGGCCAUCAUUGAGCGCGGGAUCACGCCCAGGGCCUGGGCCGCCGCCCUGCACGGCCUCAGAGACUGCGCAGACCUCAGCCCAGAGCAGAAGGCUGCGGUGCGGCGCAGGCUGCUGGAGCAGCACGGACUCCCUCAGAACUGGACAGCUGAGACCACAAAGGACUUGGGACCUUUUCUAGUACUUUUCUCGGGAGAUGAGUUAACCUCUAUCACCACAAAGUUUCCUGAUAUCUUUCAACAAACAGCUUUCAAGAUGACCAGGACCCUGCCCCCCAAAGAAUUCCUCUGGGCUGUCUUUGAAUCUGUUCAAAACAGCAGGGAUGAGAGCCCCAGUUCUGACCCCAGCCCCGGUUGCCAUGGAGUUGUAAUUCCCUCUUCCGAUGACAUCCUCAAGUUGGCCGAAGCCAAUGCCUGCUGGACCCCUGACGCCCUGCUCUCCAUGGAGGAGGACACGUUCAUCAGGAACGUGGAGCUGCUGGGCAUGGUCAAGGGUUUCAGCCAGCCUCAGCUGAUAGCCCUGAAGGAGAAGGCGAUACAGGUUUGGGGUAUGCCUUUUUACUGGAGACAGCACCAUAUUGUCUCCCUGGGACGCAUUGCUCUGGCUCUUAAUGAGAGUGAGUUGGAGCAGCUGGACCUCAGCUCCAUUGACACAGUGGCUUCCCUAACCCAGCAGACAGAAUGGACCCCAGGACAGGCUAAAUCCAUUCUUCAAGGGUUCCUGGAGGAUUCAGGCUAUACUAUCCAGGAUCUGAAGAGCUUUCACUUAGUAGGGCUUGGUGCAACCCUGUGUGCUAUGAAUAUCACCGAACUCCCACUUAUAAAGAUCUCAGAAUUCAGAGUGGUGGUGGCCAGGAUCGGGACCCUGCUCUGCAGCACCCAUGUUUUGGCUGAGUUUAAGAGGAAGGCAGAAGUUGUGUUUGGGGAUCCCACCAAGUGGACCAGCUCCAUCUUGCAGGAGCUCGGGACCAUUGCAGCUGGAUUAACUAAGGAAGAACUCCAAAUGCUUGACAAAGACUUGAUGCCGUAUUUCCAGCCAUCAGCAGUAAAAUGCCUUCCUGAUGAGAUAUUCAAAGAGCUCUCGCCAGAGCAGAUCGCCUCCUUGGGCCCCGAGAAUGCGGCAGCGGUGACCGACGCCCAGCGCCGGCAGCUUAGCUUGCUGCAGCGGCAAAGCCUCCAGCAGGCGCUAGAUGGCGCCAAGACCCGCUCCUGGCUGGAUGCGCCGCAGAGCGCAAGCCCCACCCGGAUCCCCUCCUCGCGUUCUCCCCUAGGAGCUUGCCCGUCUGCUGGGGUCUUUGGCUUGGCUGCCCUCUGCUGGCUUCAGUGCCCAAGGCCCUGUGGUGAGCGGUGUGAGCGCGUCGCCCUUCUGGUGCCCUAAGCAGCUGGCCAAGGCGUGUCAAGACAGAGGGCCGGUCAGACUGUGGGAGACCCUGCCUGGACUCAGAGCCUCGAAUAGGGCAUGGGGAGCAUGGGGCCUUGAUAUUUAAAAGGCACCUCAAGGAAAAAAUAAUUAUUAAAAAUGAUCUGGCAAGUU